AUGUCUCCGAAAGAAACAUACGGCGAACUUUACUGCGUUGUCAGCAGUGGACUUGGAAACUCGACAAAAAACCUGAGUCAUGUAUAUUUCACCUCAGUGCUUGAAAGAGUACGGGAUGAUUUGCACAACCACCAAAAGCACAUCUCCGCGGAUUCUACGUCGAUCGAGGAUGUCCCCACUAUUCCAGAGCCAGAUAAGAGUCUUGCAAUCUUGCCAGGGCAGACUUCCGUGACCCAUAUGGAUGAGCUUGUCGAGCUCGACGACGUCCAUCCAGACACCGCCUCCGCUGUCGCUGCUGAAGAAGAGAUGACAGUCGAUCUGGAUUCCGAACGACAAUUCGUAAUUGAUCUCUUCCUUGACGAUCUCAUGGAGGUCCGAGUUUACCUUCGUGGCAUUUGGGCGAUGUACACAGAGCGGAGGAUAACCGUGGUCACUGCUUCGCUUGUCACCAACUUUGCGAUUGACAUCUUGAAGAAGGCCGUAGUGGAUUUACACGAGGACAUGUCACAACUAAUAGUCCCGCCAAUCAUCGAUUGCUGGAGCCAGCUCUGCAAAGAGGCAGGCGUUUCGGUAGAUUUGUCUCCACCCGAGAAAUCCGCCCAGUUGCCUUCGUUACUCGUCGCCGCAGACAGAAUGUAUAUUCAGGUCUUGGUACACCAUCCCAACGCUUUUCUUGUCCCGACUCUCCUCAAAGAGAUGGGACGGCUGGGGGAACAUCGACCAGACGCAUCGUUUCUGCUGGAAGACCAGUUAACGGAAUGGCUCUCUGUCAGCACAGCAUCAGACGUUAAGGAGGAGUGGAAUCAUUUUGCUUUGCAAAUUCUCAUCGACAUCCACGAUGUUUUGAAGAUGUCAAUCGAGGACCCCUUCGCAGACCCUACCACAGUAAUGGAAAACACCCUUACGUCCAUUGAGGACUUCACUUAUCGUGAUAAUGUGCUAGGGGUGUGGAAACAUACGGAGCCGACAUUGAAGAGCUCGUGGGACUAG